UAUUGAUAUUGUGAUUCAUCAUGAUAGUACAUCAGAAGAUGUCCUUAAAGCUUGUCUCCAGGCUGAGAUCAUCAUGUAUACAACAUUCCAUCUCCAUGGAAACAGGGUUCCUGGUGACAGUUUAUCAAGAGAACUGACAGAUAUCUUAGAAAGAGGUGUGUAUAUGAACAGAGACGAUACUUGGCAGGCAGUCAAGGUUUCCGGCCAGAUUUGUAACAAACUCUUCCCAAGGUUCCUUAAUGACCUAGGUCAAGCUGGUUGGGUCAAAGGUCAUUCACAGAUGGGUGCUGAUGAAUGGAGAGCAACGUGGAAUAUGAAUGGGAUCGAUGCAAGGAAAGUCUUUUGAGUAACUGAAAAACCAGGGCCAGGAAACACAAGGCUUAGCGAUUGAUUGUACAGUUGAAUUGUUUAAUUGAUUGCAGAUUAAGUUCAAUGCAAUCACUUGUAAAAUUCGACAUGUUGAUUCCUAUGAUAUGUGUUACAGGUUUUGAAUUGACAGGUGACAGGGGCAGGUACAUGGAUAUCUAUGAAGAAUAGCACAAACUUUAGAAAAUCAUGUUUUUAUUUUUUAGGGAUUCUGUAUUAGGAUUAUCCCCUCUUGACCAAAUAUGAGCUUCAGAGAUGACUAGACAAAGAAAAUCUGUAUGCUAUGAACAUCGCUCAGUACUUGUAUAUAUUUUUGUAGGCAUACUCCAAUGUUUCAUAGCUUUCUGGAUUUAUAAAUGUCUUAUUCAUUAUCAGUAAAAUCCAAACAAGAUUCGGUUAACUCUGCUUGGAACUGCAGAACCCGUUCCAUUGAAUAUAACUUCGACUUAUAAGUGGAAAAUAAGAUAAGAUUCGGGUAAUCUGUGGGCUGUUUCAUCAAGUUGAUCAUAGAUUAUACAUGACUCUAGGGUGUGGUUGGUGACCCUCUUGUGCUAACUGAGAUACCCCCAAAUUGUAACCAUAAGGAGUACAUUUCCUAUAACCUGAAUGAUGUUCUUAAAAUGUUUAAUUUUUCUAUUCAGAUCCUUGUUACAAUGAGAACUUUAAUCUACCCAAAUAUGGGAUCCAUCUUACAAAGAGUUAUGAUUGAUCCAAGCAAUCUGAACUCUAUGGAAAUCCAUCAGUGUCAUAAUUUUUUGUACAGAAAAUUUGCAAAAUAUCCUUUCUAAACAAAGGCAAACACACCAAAUUGUCAAGAUAAUUAUGAAUUUAUGAAUAUACGUCAUAUCUAGGAAAAUAAUUUAAACAAAGAUGUAUUUUAGAUGUGGGUGUUGCUGGUUUUCCACAGUUGAGGCUGAUCAGAUCAAUUACAACUCUUUGUAAGACAGGGCCCAGAUUUCAACUUUAGCCGAUGGGAAUAAGAAUGAUUGGGAAUCUCAUUUAGAUUCAUGCGCCCAAGGAACUGUCUUUAAUCUAUGCGAUACGGACAGCCUUGUGAAAUUUCAUCCAGGUCUGCAAAAUUAGACUUUGAUAUCUAAUUGCUCAUACAAUCUGCAUUGUUUCUUUUGAUCAAUGCUCAUCCUGUUUACUACUGCAUUGCAUUUUUCAAUGAAUCUUGCCAUAACUUGCAUGCGGCAUUUGUUAUUGUUUUGUAGGUAUGCCAUUUGUUUGUAGGUAGUACUAAUGAUAUACUUUAAUUAAUCAUUGGUCAGUACUGUAUACACCUUUAUACUUCACGGAAUACUAUGUUCCAUGAUUAUGGAGAUAUUUAAGCAGAGGAUAUCCAACGAAUUUAAUUAAGGGGGAAUCUACCCGUAAACAAAGUAGCAGAUUGUUUUCAAAGAAAAUUAAAAAAUCAGGGAAAGAGAUGGGUAAAAGUUUGAACAAAAUUGGACAAACAGUAAUUUUUUAAAUUUUUUAAAUUUCAAGCAUUGUGCUUAAAGGAAUUUCACAUUAGCUGCACGAGUGAUAUCAUUGUGAUAUAGGGAAGGAACAACUCAAUUAUUUGCUCCAAUACAAUUUUUCUCUAAAUAAAAUAAGAAUGAUUUAUUUUAUGACGAUGAAUAAUAUUUGUAAUAUUGUUAUUACUGACCAAGGAAAAAAGAUGCAUAGGAGAAUUCCACAAAGUCCUAAUAAUGAUGGUCAUCUAUCAAAACUAUCUACUCACCAAUUGCCAAUUUGAAAUGUGUAUAUUCUUAGUGAUCUCAUUUCCAAAAUUUACAAGAUGAUUAUUCUUUGCCUCAUCUCUUUAAAACCUUUUGGCUAUUCUUAUUUCUUGUAAAUUUGUAGUGAUCUCAUGUUUAAAACGAUUUAUUUUUUGUUCUUUUUAAGGUUUCUUAUAACAUCUCAUCAUUUUUUUAUCUCUCUCUUUUCACACGAAUUAUAUUUUAUUCCCAAGGUUGUAUGAACAUUUCAAGGUUCUGUGAAUAAGGUUGUUGAACCUAUGGUCUAGACCUCAGUAGAUUGGCCCUUGCACAAAACUAAUGUGAAUAUAUGUGUACUGCAGAUGCAUCUUUAGAUAACGCAUGAAUGAUUUCUUACGUAAUGGUAUGAGUUGAUGACCUGGUGGGCCUUUCCGUGUCCUCAUGGGUUUAACGUCUAUUUUUUGUUUACUAAUGAUUUUAAGCACCGGUAGCCUAGCUCUUGAAUGGUCACAAUAUAUAUGUAUUUCAAAGGUGUCAUUGUGUUAAAACCAUAAAAAAUCAGUCAUGCUGAAAGUAUUUGGGAGGAGAACGGGAAGGGAUGGGAUUGCUCUUUCAAAAUUUAUUUUAUAAUAAAUUUAUUUGUUGUUUUUUGUUAACAUUGGCUUUCAAAAAAACAUUUGCAAACAACUGCAAGACUUGCAAGAGAAUGAAAUCCUUGGAACAAGCGAGCUUGUGUGAAAUAAAAAAGAAAUCAAAGAACAAGAUCAACAACAUAUUAGACAAACAAUAAGACAGUUAUGAGCAUUUGAAUGUCGAGAACAUCGAGAUAAAAUAGACAAUUAUACUGGGGAAGUUGUGCAUGUGUCAGAGACAUCACAGAUCUUGGUCACAUUGCCAAGUUGGGGUCGAACCAUUGUGGGUAAAAAAAGUGUUUGGAUCCCACAACUCUUUUUGUUGAGCUGGACAUUCUGGCGCCCACUUGAUGCUGGGGUUCGUAAGCAAAUUGGAAAUUUACUUUGCCAACAUCGGAAUUAUGAAGCGCUGAAUUCUAACCUUUCAUUUAUUCUUCUUAAAUUCUAAAUACAUAUCACAUAUCUUCCAUUAUUUUCUGAAGGUGUGUUUAUAGGUUAACUUUAAAUCAAUUUUAACAUGAAUUAGCUUUAGUGUGAAGUAGAAUGAUUGUAAAGCUCACUGCAGUUCAUGAAGUCAUGCACAACUUUACAAACACGUUUGUGAAGCAGGCCCCUGACAUACAUGUGACGGUCGGCAAAGGACCUGGAGUGAAAUUCACUGCAGUACAUGUAAUUGGUGAGCUUUGUUUGGGAUGUUUUCCUCAGAGUGAAAUGUACCGUAAAUAGCUGAAGGAGGCAUGUAGUGCAUCAUUGCAUUCAGUACGACACAUUGGUCAGAUCUUGCUUAAGGGAAGGUUGCUGCUGUAUCAAAUCAUUGACAUUUAUGCAUGAGUUAAUGUCAGACCCCAAAUUCUCAUUGUCAAAAAGGAAUUCAUGUAUACAUUUGUUCUAUUAAAUGCCUUUUAAAAAUAGAUUUGUUUUUCUCCAAAAUAAGGUUUAGGAUUCUUUGUAUUCUGUAUCAUGAUACUUCAUGUAAUGUAAAAUACUAAAACAUAAUAAAGGUACAGAAUAGAACUUCA